GUCCUCGCCGGCCACCGUAUGAUGUCGUGGCGUUUGCUGAUGUACACGGAGUUUCCCCUCUUACCCGCUCAUCAUUAGCUGUGAUUUCUGGCUUAUUUAGUCUGAAUUUAUUUCCUUACACGUUACAUAAACCACCGGACAGUGUUACCUUAAGCGGUUCAAGAUGAGACGCGCCGGUUUGGGUGAAGGAGGUGCUGGGAAUUAUGUAGCAAGUGGAUACAGUGUGUAUGAAGAGGAAAAUGAACACCUACAGGAGGGACUGAGAGCUAAAGUCAACGCUUUGAAGAGUCUGUCUAUCGACAUCGGAACGGAAGUGAAAUACCAGAAUAAAAUGCUGGAUGACAUGGACACAGACUUUGACUCAACAGGCGGCCUGCUUGGUGCCACCAUCGGCAGAGUCAAGCAGCUGUCAAGAGGCAGUCAGACCAAACUGCUGUGCUACAUGCUGCUCUUCUGCUUGUUCGUCUUCUUUGUCCUGUACUGGUUCAUCAAGCUGAGGUGAUAGGAGGACUCUGUUGGGACUUGGCCUCUGAACUCCACAUCUUCAUCCCCAGUCUGUGCCACACCCAUGCAUCUCAAAACUAGACCCACAUGAUGCUGACGAGAAAAGGCAAGGAUUUGUUUUUAGGUGUCUCAGCUUUUCAUGUGCCCACGUCGUCUCUGAGUACUUCAUAGAAUGACCCCAAAACUGAAUCAGGAAAGGAAUCCUACUGAUGUAAUGUGAUGGAAUCCCUAAAAGUAAAACUCGGUCUGAGAUGACUGACCAUGUGAAGUAGUGUAUAUAAGGAUGUAGACACUGCCUGUAUAUGUAUACACACUUAUUAGCAGCCCAAUUUACCUAGAUGGAAAGAUGAGGCAUAAUAUUAAACAUUUAACAACUAUAGACGAUAUUACUGUGUCAAAAACUUUAUUCCAGUUGUGGGCACAUUAUAUGAUAAUGUGGGAGUGAUGAAAUGGCAAUCAGUCGAUACAGACCAAGUUGUGUUAAAACUGAUUAAGUUAUAUAAUGCUAGUUCAAGCUAAUAAUUUAGUGUGUUAUUACAGCAUUUGGCAUCCAUACAAAAUUAUAGCAGUGUCUACAUUGUUUCAUCUUCGUUGUAAAAAAUGUUUUUUAAUGUAAAUAAACAAAUUUUAUGCUCUGACUCGACCAGUGUAAGUAUCUGUUUUCUACACACAUACAAGUAAUGUGUCAAAAAAAAUCAAACUGACCAGUUUUUUACUAGGUUUUAUAAAUUUGUCAGCGAACACACAAAAAAAUCGCAGUUUUUGCUGGAUAUUGUUUUUACAUAAGUCAUUUUUAUACACAUUAUUUAACUUCGUCUAUUAAAAACUAUAUAUAUUUAUUCUUUAAAGAAGCAGUGUGUAGGAUUUAGGGGUAUCUGUUGGCAGAAAUGGAGUAUGACAUCCAUGAUUAUGCUUUCAUGAGUGUAUAAUCACCUGAAACUAAGAAACACUAAGAAGCAACAUCUCCGCAUGCCUUGAGAGGGCUAUUAAUUUAGUUGCAAUCUGCAACCUCACCACUAGAUGGCACUAAAUCCCACACGCUGCUCCUUUAAGAGAUGUUUAAAUGAACUUGUUAUAAAUUACAUAACAGUAAAAUUCAACUGUAGGCUGUUCACAUUUGUAAGGUCAUCAACAACAAAAACACGUGCCUCAUUAUUCUGUUUGAACAGCUUAAGAGAUUCAUAUGGACCACAUGCAGUAUUGUUAGAACAACCACAGACAAAAUGCAAAACCGUCUAACUUCCUUGUAAAGUCAAGAUUUUCAACAUUAGGACUGCACUUAGGUGAUUUAUGUUUAGCAAUUCAUUGUGAAUGAUUAGCACAUAAUCAGCAGCAUUGUGACAUCUGUCCCUGGGUCAGGUGUUGAUGACAUCACGGCUUGGGUAGUGUGUCCAUGUACUUGCAGAUGAUUCCCAGCAUGACCUCAUCAGCGCCUCCACCAAUCGAAAUUAACCUGGCAUCUCUG